AUGAAAUAUUUUAACAAGUUGUCCAAGCAUAUCUAUUGCAUUAAAAGAAAUAUGUCUUCUUUUAAAUUAAUUUUAUGGGAAAAUUCAAUGUUUGUCAACUGUUUGAUUCCAACGGGAGAGACCGAACAAAAAAUUAUGGUAACUCUACCAUCACCAUUUAACAAAUCAAAAACAAUACAAUUGUGUCGAAGUCCAGAAGAUACAAUAAAAGUAUUUGUUGAUAGACUUGUUUUAAAAUUAUCACAUAGUCAACGCAAAGUUAGUGAAAAAGAUAAGCUUAAGAGAUGUUGGGUCUUAAUAUUAGCAAAUGGAAUCAAAGUACCUUCUACUUCUAAAUGUUAUGAAGUAUUUGAGGAAACGAAAGACAAUAUUACGCUUCAAAUUAAAGAUCAGACUUAUAAAAUAAUAAUUAAUGCACCAUUAAUUAAGGAAUUUAAAUUGGGAUAUCCUCCAUAUCAAGGACUAAUGAUAUAUCCCUAUGCACUUGAUCAGGGACUUAAUGUAUCUGUUAUGGAUACUCAGUAUUUAUGGUACAGAAUUAAUUCAAAAGAUGAAACAGAAGUGGGCAAUAAAAUGACCUAUACACCGACUGCUGAGGAUGUUAAUUGUUGUCUAAAAUUGGUGUGUAUUCCUUUUAACGAUAAAGGCCAACCAGGACCUAAAGCAGAAAUAACAUCUUCGACAGUCUUAGAAAAUACCACUCAACUCUACCCAUUUGAAAAGAGGUUAAAAACUAAGCCACUUAAUAGUAUUAGAGUUGUUACAUACAAUUUACUAGCUGGAGAAUACACAAAAACUAAGGAAGCAAAAACUGAAAUGUAUCCUUAUUGCCCAGAAGAAAUUUUAGCAUGCAGUUAUCGGCACCCUCUUAUUUUAAGAGAACUUCAAGCAUACAAUGGAGAUAUAAUUUGCUUGCAAGAAGUGGAUAAACAUUUUUUUCGUAGAGAAUUAUGUCCUAUAUUAAAACAAUUCAAUUGCAUGACUGGAUUAUUUUUGAAAAAAAAUGGCCGUAGGAAUGAAGGUCUGAGUUGUUUUUAUUCUCCUGAAAAAUUUAAUUUAUUAGAACAAUUUGAUAUUAGUUUAAACAAUCCGACUACUGUGGAAUUAUACUGUGGACCUAUUGUGAAAGAUAUAAUGGAUAAUGAAAUUUGGAAACAAGGAUUAGAAAAAAAAACUGUUUUCCAAGUCCUUGCUUUUGAAUUGAUUUCUGACAAAAAACAAUUAUUCUUAGUAUGCAAUACUCAUUUGAUAUCUGAUCCAGAUGGUGAUUUUAUAAGAUUGUUUCAAGCUUUAAUUGAACUAAUUAUUAUUAACAAAAUAAAACAAAAUAUAAAUAAAGAAUAUCUUGGACGUAAUAUAUCUGUUAUAUUCUGUGGAGAUUUCAACAGUACACCUGAAAGCGGUGUUUAUGAUUUAGCCACCAAAUUAAUAUUACCAGAAGAACAUAGAAUGGUAAAAAUAUUAAACGAUUUAAAAAGUAAUCUUGAAUUUAAAAUGGAAAGUGCAUAUAAUACUGAUGUUCUGUACAGUAAUUAUACCGAAACUUUUUUCGGACUUUUAGAUUACAUAUAUUUUACUAAUCAACAUCUUGAGCUUAUUCAGGUAUUAUCCAUGCCAUCACAUGAUGAUGUUACUCAACACGGUGGAAUUCCGAGUUUAUUAUUUCCUUCAGAUCAUUUAGCUUUAAUAGCAGACCUUAAAAUAAAAUAA